CUUUAAUGCUCCUAUUUUAACUAUUAUUAGUUAGUUAUUUUAACUAAAUAAAGCAGCUGAAUCCGGAGUUUUUCUAAAAAUGGAGUGGAUUUGCUAAUCUGUUAAUUAGAUUACGCUCCCUGCCUCAUUGCUUCCUGCGUCCAUAUGCAUACCUACUGGUAACUUUAGCGACACAUAAGCAGAAAACCUGUUCUGAAGUGGCUCUUUUUAUCUUUUUUUUUUUUAAUUUUAUGAACUUGUGAAACCUGAUUCAAAACCAAGGAUGGCCGUCCCCUCAUUAACUUUAGCUGCUUUUAUCUGCUGGAUGAGUCUAGGUAAUGUAUGGGGAAAUGAAAAGAUAUACUCAGACAACAUCACUCGCAUUCUGGACAGACUUCUAGAUGGUUAUGACAACAGACUGCGACCCGGUUCUGGAGGCGGUGUCACCGAGGUGAAGACAGACAUCUUUGUCACCAGCUUUGGACCCGUUUCAGAUGUUGAAAUGGAGUACACCAUGGACAUGUUCUUCCGCCAGAUGUGGGUUGAUGAGAGGCUGAAAUUCGAGGGCCCCACUGAAAUCCUGCGGCUAAAUAACCUCAUGGUGGACAAAAUCUGGACGCCAGACACUUUCUUCAGAAACUCCAAGAAGUCCAUUUCCCAUAACAUGACCACACCCAACAAGCUCUUCCGCAUCAUGCAGAACGGGACUGUCCUUUACACCAUGAGGCUCACAAUCAGUGCAGAGUGUCCAAUGAGCCUGAUGGAUUUCCCUAUGGACGGUCACUCCUGUCCUCUACGGUUUGGAAGCUAUGCAUACACCAGCAGUGAAAUUAUAUUUACCUGGAGGAAGGGGCCAAUAAAUUCCGUGGACUGUCCCAAAGAGUCAAUGAGUCUUCUGCAGUACGAUCUUGUGGGACAGACUUUGUCCAGUGAGAUAUUCAAAUCAAACACAGGUCACUACUCUGUGCAGGUGGUCCAUUUUCACCUCCAGAGGAAGCUGGGCUACUACCUCAUACAGACCUACAUCCCUCUUAUCAUGGUUGUCGUACUGUCACAAGUCUCUUUUUGGAUCAACAAAGAGUCUGUUCCUGCACGCACAGUUGCUGGCAUCACCACAGUGCUGACCAUGACCACCUUAAGCAUCAGCGCCCGCCAGUCUCUACCUAAAGUAGCCUAUGCCACAGCAAUGGAUUGGUUCAUUGCUGUGUGUUUUGCCUUCGUGGCGUCAGCUCUCGUCGAAUUUGCGGCAGUGAACUACUUCGCCACCUUGCAGGCCCACCGUCUGAAGAAAAAGGCAGCCAGACAGGAGAAGCUUGAGGUCCUGGCCACCGGCAGCGAUGAUGACGACACAGUUUCGUCGGACAGCAGCCCCCGGGAAGGCCUGAAGAGGAGAAACCACUCAGUGAGCCGCAGUGAGCCAGGAGAUAUUCCCCAUCUGCCCAUUUUCCUCCAGCAGGGCUCAGCCAUUCCCCAAAUCCCACAGCUGGCCGGCACCAGCCCUAUUGAUGCGUAUGCCCGCAUCCUCUUCCCCCUUUCCUUUGCUCUCUUCAACUUGAUUUACUGGUAUAUUUAUCUGGUCAAGGACACAAUGGAGAAGCCCAGGGAUAUGGAGCUAGACUGAGAAGACCUGGAAAAGGGCAUGUGCAGCCUGAGAGACCUUCAGCAUCCAGCCGGCCUCACCUCACCCUCCUCUGCCUCAGCGAACGAGCUCUCAGCAUUCACUGUGCUCUCAUCUGACAGAGGAAAUGAAUCAGAAACUCAUUUAUUCUCCCGCUGCACAUCUAUUCAUUUCACAGGCUAUGACCACUGCCCACUUGUGUUCUGAUCAGUAGCUGAAGAGCCGCCCUUUCACGGGCCUCGGCCACUUUAAAACCCCACCGCGGCACACAUGACAACUUCUGAGACCCCCGGACCGAAGCUGACGACACACACACACACACACACACACGGUAUGCAUGACGCCCGCACACACGCACAAACCAAGAAACACAUCAAAAAGAUGUGGAUGAUAUAAUCUAUGAUGGCUUUAACUGGUGGUGAUGCAACAGUGAACCAACGCUUUCAGAAGCCUGCCCUCUACAGAAGCACAGCUCCCACUACAACAACAUCAAAGGCAAUUUAGAGGAGGCUGCAUCCCUCCUUGAAGCCUCAAAAAUGUACUGAAACCUGAAAAAGAAGAAGAAGAAGAAUUGUAGGCUUGUGUUUUCCAUCCCACAUUUCUGCUUUGGUGCUCCCCUUGCAUUUCCAGAAGUACAGCAGGUCCUCUGGAAGCACUGCAGGGAGGAGUAGGAUAUAUACCCAUGGGUGAUGGUGGUAUUCUUUUCCUAUUUUUGUAUGUACUGUGCAUAAAAGAUAGUUGUGUAAAGGUAGACUUGUGUACCUGUGAUGGAUUGAUUCUGUUUUUCACCACUUAAUAUAUCCGGUAAGAUGAAAACAGAGGGAAUAAAGUUGUUCUUAACUUAAUCUGACCAUUUUAAACCCUGCAGUUUAUCCCAUUCUUCGACCUUGUCAGGAAAUAGACAAACUCAUCUGCCGUGUAAUCAGCACGAAGAAUAAAAGCAGCCUAAACGAACGCGG